GAUGGCUGCCUCCGUCUCAUUACCAGCGUGAGGUCGGCCGGGACUAUCUCUUUUGUAAUGCUCUUGAAGGCCACGCCGGGUCCUCGUUGUCUGGCUCGUUUGAUGUGUAGUUGAGAGUGAGAGACUAGCGCAAUGACAGGGGGCCUCUCUUGGGCAAGUAGGAGCCUGUUUGGCUGGGUGCCCUUGGCCUGCAGAAGUUUCUCUCUGGGUGUUCCGGGAUUGUCCCGUGUAAGGCUUACCCUUCCUCCCCCCAAAGUGGUCGAUCGUUGGAAUGAGAAAAGGGCUAUGUUCGGAGUAUAUGACAACAUUGGAAUCCUGGGAAACUUUGAAAAGCACCCCAAAGAACUGAUCAAAGGCCCGGUAUGGCUUCGAGGCUGGAAAGGGAAUGAAUUGCAGCGUUGUAUCCGAAAGAAGAAGAUGGUUGGAAAUAGGAUGUUCCUUGAUGACCUGCACAACCUUAACAAACGUAUCAGCUAUCUCUACAAACAUUUUAACCGACAUGGGAAGUACCGGUAGAGAAGAAAACUGGAAACUGGAAGAAGCACAUUUAUCACCCUGGAGAAGGGGAACAGGACUUUUCCCUAUGAGGAAAUAAUAAUAAAAUGGGGCUUCCUUGGAAUCUGAUAUUCAAAUAACUAUUUUCCUCUAAGCGCUGUUUCUACUCAUUCCUGUAAACUAUAAAGCCUGUCUUGUCUCUAAGUAUUAGGGUCUUAGAUUUGGACUUCACCACUUGUCCUUUAUAGUGUAACUAUAUGGCUUUUUUAAAAAACAAAAGUUGGUGACAACAGUUUAUUGUUGCCACUUUUUGACACCCUGGGAUCAAAUCCAGGAAUUUGCAUGAGCUAGGCAAGUGCUCUAUCAUGAUUUUUUAAUUGUCCCUUAGUCUUGGUAUGUUUGUAUUAAAAGGCUUUUGUGUUUUGUUUUGUUUUCAGUACUGGGCAUUUAAGUGUUUCUAAAGAUCCUUCUAUACUGAAAUGAAAUGUAAUAGAAAUGAAAUGAAA